GGAGUGAACAUCCAGCUGAUCUGCUGAAGUCUCGCUGGCUUCACAAGUGGCUCAAAAUGUGCGAUUCUUGACCCGGAAAGUCUCAAGAGCCCACCUAGAAAGCCCAGCAUAAUUUGUCGCCAUUGAUUUUUGUGCACAGUGAAACCAAAGAAAAGCUGCAUUCCAGACUCUCUUGCAUUGUGCAUUUUGUGGUGAUUUAAGGUGAAAAACAAUUGCACGAUAUGAGGAAUUUGCUGUGAGAAAAAAAGGUGGAAAAGAGAAAGAGAAGUUGCGAAAAGCAAUAAAUCCCACAUUUGUCGACGACGAGGAAAAACAUCCCAGACACUCUCAAUUCUAUAUUUUGCAUGCGCGCGUCUCUGAGCCGAAAUGUCUGGCAAAACCCCCUUGGAAGCCUCCUAUCCCGAUCGCCUAGCAACUCCUCCGCCGACCAAGCGAAAGUUCAGCUUUCCCGCCAAUCUCACAUCUAAUCUCUUGGCCGUCGAUCCGGCCGUCGGGGCGGCUUCCUCCGCACGCCGGCGCCUCAGCAACGUGAGCGACGUAGUCACGCGGAAACUGUCCAACACAAUCGGCUGGAAGGCGCCGCCGAUUCCCAGUCACGACAUCAUCACGCAGGGCAGGUGUCUGUGCUACCAGUACGUGCGCAGCCGCCUGAAGCGAGCGGGUGUGUUCACGCGCAAACUGGGCCUGCAGCGCGUUCGGAGCAUCCUGGGCACGUCCUCAAUCGAGGUGAUCCGGGAAGUGUUCCCGGCGCUGAACUACGUGGGUGAGGAGCUCGAGAGGAUGCAUCCGCGGGUGUACAGCGGCGUGGCCAGACAGAUCUCCAGGAAUCCUGGUGGCGAAUUGCCCUCGGAAGAGGCCGCGCCCUGUCUCAUGAGCGCCGUGGCGCGUGAUCUCUUCCGCACCGACAUCACGUGGGCCAAAGUGAUCUCGCUGUUCGCGAUGGCGGGCGGAUUGGCUGUGGAUUGUGUCCGUCAGGGGCACUCAGACUACCUGCCGAGGCUCGUGGAGGGCGUCGCGGAGGUGAUUGAGGACGAGCUGGUGCCAUGGAUCAACGAUAACGGUGGAUGGAUGGGUCUUAGUUAUCACGUGAAUCCCUCCGGAACCACCGAGCUGAGCGUCCUAGAGUGGAUUGCCCUGGGUCUGGGAUGCAUCUUGGGCAUUUGUGUGUUCAUCUUCAUCAUCAAAUUCGUGGGACAUUUCCUCUUUCCCGACUCACAAUGACUGUAGCCGGAAUUCCCAAGUAAAAAGACUUUAGCGAAUGGUCGUUAUUUUUAUGAA